AUGGACAUUUUUUGCACAUCUCCACCUACUCCCGUCAAAUUUUGGCUCCAGAAAAGAUUCACCUUUUCUUGUCGUCUUCAUGGCUCCCGAACAAGGUUCCAGUUUCGGUACCCCGGCUGCCGUGGGCAGAAGCAUUUUUACCUCAUGUUGAGCGAUUCCGACGAAGAUUCGGAGGACUUUUUCACCGUCGCACCGAGUGCGGAGGACAAGGAGCCUGCCUGCUCAGAGGAGAACUGCGAGGAAUCUGUCGUUGCAGAGCCACCGCAGGAUGAUCCGGAAGAGCAGGUUGUCUCCCGCCUUGCCCGGCUUUGGCGACAACACGUUAGUGAACAGAGUGAUGGCGGGCCGGACCUCUCGGACCGCCUGGCAGCUUCGGCAGAGUACCGACGCUGGGUCAAGGAGGUCGACGUGGCGCUGGGGCCCGGCGAGGCAGUGCCUUCGUUUACCGAGCUGUGGAUCGAGCUCAAUAAGCGGCCAGCUGUGCAAGGACGAUCCCGGUCGCCCAGAUCAGCCAGCGAUCCCAGAGCAAGGUUUGAUGGUUGGUCGCAGGAGAGGAGGCCAAGGUGGCAUUCGGCGCAGGAGGCUUUGCAGCUGCUCCUCGACAGCCUGAGCCAAUUCGAGGCAUCUGCAAGUGGGAGAUCAAUCACCGGACAGGAGCUAUCUGCUUCCAUGAGGAAGCAUAGCCGAGAAUUUUCGAUCCAGAAGACUCCCUUUGAAAAGCUUGGGAAGCUGUUGCAACUGGCUGCACAGGAUGGUUGGAUCCGGCUAACAUGGACGGGUGACACCAUGUCCGUGCAGAUUCUAGAGCUACCAACGAAUGGGGUGGCGAACCUGGCUGAUGCGUGGGAGCGCGAGAAGGACGUUGGCAUCAGACUGGAGCCUGCGAGACCACCGAUUCUGAGGGAAGUGCGAAGAGUCGACAGGGUGCGACAUGUGGCGCUAAAACCAGCGCCUUAUGCGGACCCUUUAGCUGACAAUGGCGGCCCCCCGCACCUGAGACAACGAGCUGUGGCUCGGCUGUCAGCGUCUGAGCGGGGAAAGCUGAGACCCGUGACCCCAGAGCGCCGUUCGAUAGAACUUCGAGCUCGAGAGGUCAAAUAUCCAAAAGGAGUGCUUACGCGGUCCAUCAGCCUUCAAUCGACGGAGAUCUCGUUCCAGGAGACGGAGCAGCGGGAAGCUCUCUCCCAUGCGCUGCAGCGGCUCUGUCGGUCGGCGGAGUUCUGCCGAGACCGCUUAUCGGUGGGGAAGCCGGAGCUGCGGCCGAUCCUGGACGCGCUCCGCCCCGUGGAGCUCGAUCUCCAGGAGGCCUCCAAGGUGUGUGUUCUGGCGCCCACCGAGGCCGGGGCCGGAAGCUACGAUGUCCUGCGGCAGUCACUGCAGGACAUGCAGCAGAAGUGCGAGGAGCUGAGUGCCAACUUGCGCAAAGAGACCGAAGCAAGUGACGUCCUGGAGCAGAGUCUGGCCAAAGCCCAGGCGCAUGUGCGUCGGCUGGACGACCAGGUCCAAGCUCAGGAGGCGGUGUUGGAACUUCAAAGGAAGGAGCAGGCCUUUCAAGCAGAAAACCUGGUGGAGCUGCAGAGAAGGUCCCGUUCGGAGGCAGAGGCCCGGGAACGAGAGCUUCGUCUUCGGCAAGAAGAAGCUUUAAAGCAGCUCACCGCAAGAGAAAGUCGGACUUCUGCACUCUUGGCCGAGAAGCUUCAGAGGCUUCAGAAAGGCCUGAGGUCUGCUCAGAAGUCGCUAUCUGGUGUCCGAAGUGCGUUGGACAACACGGGAGCGGAAGCCCGACUCCGCGAGUACUUGGAUGAAAUGGCUGCGGCGGAGCAGAAGAUCUGUGAGAAGCUGAAGCUCUGCUUGCGAGCACGGCACUCGCGGCAAGCGGGCUUGGAGAGCCAACUUAGCGAUCUCCACUUGCAAACAGCUGCCCAGCAGAAGAGGCACCAGCAGGAAUCCUUCCAGACGGCGCAGCAGCAAGCGCUUCUAGCUGCUGGAACGGCUGAUGUUCAGGCACGUUCCUCUCGAGAGCUGCAGCGCCUCUCGAGCCAGCUGCAAGCAGUCAGCCGAUCGGUUGCGACGGAGAGAGCCGUUGCCGUUCAGGAGCAGACGCGGCGCCAGCGGCAGUGGGAGGUGGUGGAAGUGCAGCGCCGAGAUGCCGAGGCAGCGCAGGAGCGUGCCAGGCACGAUCUCCAGCGACUCCGCGCUGCUGUGGGGAUGGCGAGGUCGGACCUAAGCAGGCAGCAAGAGGCUUUGGUUGAACUUCGCAAGCAGACGCGUGAAACCCAGGACUCUCUGAGUCUGGCCGCUAAUGGCAACGAGCAUCUCAAGGUGCAGCUAGCAGAGUAUAGAGCUGGCUCUCAGAAGGUGUUGCAAGAGGAGGUCUUGACACGGCAGGCAAUCCAUGAGGAGCGCUUCCUCAGACAGCAGCGCUUCUACGAGGCCAACCUGGCGGCGGCGAGAGCUCGGAAAGGCGAGUUGGAGAAAGAGCUAUUAUUGGACGGAAGAGCUGAUGGCAAAGUCCGCUCGGAUCGGAUUCUCGAUCUUGCCGGGGAGAUGCAGACGCUGCAAGACGAAGUCUCAAGCUGGCGGUCACAGUGUAACGAGAUAUCCGGUGCCCGAGCGGUGUUGGAGGAUGGCUUCGCCCAUGAAUGCGGGACAUGGAGUGAGGAGAUGCUUGCAGGACGAGUUUCCAUGCACAAGGUCGCUCUGCAGGCUGAGAGCUUGGAGGAGGAGCUGCAGCUUGUCGAGGAAAAGGCAGCAGCCACGACUUCGCAGGCUGCAGCGAGAAGAGCAGAGCAACGGCAGCAGCUGGAAACACUCGAGAAUCAGUUGGGUGAGGCCAAGGCCGAGCUGACGAAGGCCAAGCAGAGCCUGGCGGCCGAGAACGAGACGUUGCAGCGGGUCUCCGCAGAGCUCGAGCAGCAAACCUGCAAAGCAUCUCUGGAGAAAACCAACCUGGAGGCUGAGCUUUGGAGAUGCCGCUUCGAGGGAGAGUCGGAACAGGCGCAACUGAGGGACAAGGUUGAUGCGCAGAGGCGCGAAGCAGAUGCUUACGAGGCACACGCACGUUCCUCAGGCGCUACCGAGGCUCGCCCGCUGACAGAUGAUAGCGACGCGAAAGAGAUGAGCGUCAGAAGUCAAGGUGCUGGUGUGGCUCAGAAUCCGCGGGGGCUGAACGGAUUCAGGAGCCCAAAUGGAGCACCAGAUGCUCACCUUCAGGAGGGGUCUCCCGCUCCCGGAAAUAGUGAAACUGCUACAAGCCUGGCCAAGUCCCAGGAGACAUCUUUGCUUCCGGCUCCGAGGAUUCGCCCCUGCCCGACGGCACAGCUCCAGACGGUUCUGGCUGACAACGAGCGGCUGACACUUGCGAAGCAGACACCGGAAGCUCCUGGUCUCACGACAGAGCGGAUCCUCACCUGCUCGGCCCGGCUUCAGACCGGGGACACCACCGGCCUCAGCGAUCCAGAUCCAGAGACAGACCAGGCGGAGCAGGUCACCGGCCGCGGCACCCUCGCGAGGUUUCGUGCUCACGCGAGCACGCUCGGGACACGGCUGAAAGAUGUCAGAAGGACAAGAUGCGAACCGAGCAGCAAGAAGAAGGCAUCGAAAGCAGCAGCCUCGAAAGCUGCAGCAUCGAAAGCUGCGUCCAAAGCCGCCGCCAAGAAAAAGGACCACACAAAGGUCCGGUCGCGCGAGCAAGACGCAGAAAGGAAGGUGAAGCCACGCAAGCGGGGGAGCGAGGACGAAGCUCCAAAACCUGAAGCCAAGCAGGUCAAGCGGUCCAAGGCAGAGGAUGCGAUUCCGCUUAUUGCUGGCAAGGCCAAGAGCAAGGCCAGGAAGAGCGCGGCAGAUGCGCCUCAGAAGGAGCCCUCGGAGUACGAGUACUACAGUUACUACAGUGAUCAGGAGGAGGACAAGUCUGAGUCUUCCUCGAGCUCUGAGUCCUCCGACGCCAGCAACGAGUGA